GCGCAAUGCUAUCCUCAGCCACGGCACUGCUAUGGCUUCCUUUGAUGCGAUGGAAGCAUAUGCCGUGGCUCCGUCCAUCUCAACCUUGUAGCGGUAGUAUGCGCACAGGAGCUCUGAUCGGCAAUAGCGUGUGACCGGACCAUGAAUAGCUAUCAGCUCUCCGAAAUCGCACUUCCCGUCAAACCCUUCCGGAACUUAGGGACAAUGCGGCUCCGUAACGAUCCAGGCAUGAAGUCUCACAGAGUGUCCAGUUUCAAUGGGUGUGUUUAUCAGUGCGGAUCUUCAGCACUGUACUACAGUUUCCACUCACUGGCGUCUCGAUUCAGACAGAAUGCUAUCAGCGGCCAAUGGCAGAUCUCUCGCAGGAGCCACCGUUGUCGCAACUUUGAUUCUCCUACCAUACAUGCUGUAUCUGUUGCUCCACCAGAGUACUAGAGCACUGACCCAGCCAGGCCUGUUAUCGUUCUCCGUGCCGGAGACGGAGCCCAUCGUAAUCGGCAUGGCCGACACGAUCAGAUAUCAGCUCGACACCGAAGAAGGGGCGGCCGAGUUCGCGCAGCUCCUCCCGGUGGGAGGACACCUUGUCUAUGCCACUGAUGAGAACGACUUGAACGCUCCUCCGAAAGCGUAUAGUGUCACCUUAUUUCACCAGCUGAAGUGCCUCGACAUCAUCCGCAGGCAGUUGCUCGAUAUCCGCACGACCAACUCUACGGCCAUGACUCGCCACUGCAUGAACUACCUACGACAGACCAUCUUGUGCCACCCCAAUCUGCGGCUGGAGUCUGCGAAAACUAACACUGGGUUAGCUAGCCGACAGUAUGACACCGUCUGUCGGGAUUGGACGGCGUUGUAUGAGGAGGUCGAGAGAAAUCAGAAGGCGUUCGUGGUAUGGAAGGAGGAGAAUGCAGAUCAGCUGGAAUACAAUGAGGCGCAUCCAGUUACCUGAAGCUGAUGUAGUGCGACAGCUAUAUUAUUCGGGUGCUUGAAAGUGUGAUCUAGUGGAUUUGUCCAUAUCCCAUAUCACUUUCUCACAGACACUGCAAUGGAAGAUUGGCAAUGGUUCUUA